CCAGAGCCUCAGCCCUAAGUAGCCGCGGUGGGCGCCAGACCCUACCCGCACCGACUCGCACCACCGUGCUCCGCGAACCCGGCUGCGCCUUCUGCCGCGUGCCGCCAGGUCUGCCGUCCCGCAGCUUUGCCAGGAGCGAGCCGCUCAUAACGCACCCGGAGUCCCAGAUGGCUUCAGUGACUGAUAGUAAAGCUGGAGUCAAAGAUGCUUCCGACCAGAAUUUUGACUACAUGUUCAAACUGCUCAUCAUCGGCAACAGCAGCGUUGGCAAAACUUCCUUCCUCUUCCGCUAUGCUGACGACACCUUUACCCCAGCAUUCGUCAGCACUGUGGGCAUUGACUUCAAGGUGAAGACAGUCUACCGCCAUGAAAAACGAGUGAAGCUGCAGAUCUGGGACACAGCUGGACAAGAGCGGUACCGGACCAUCACAACAGCCUAUUACCGUGGGGCCAUGGGCUUCAUUCUGAUGUAUGACAUUACCAAUGAGGAUUCCUUCAAUGCUGUCCAAGAUUGGGCUACUCAGAUCAAGACCUACUCCUGGGACAAUGCACAGGUUAUCCUGGUUGGGAACAAGUGUGACAUGGAGGAAGAGAGGGUUGUUCCCGCCGAGAAGGGCCGGCUCCUUGCAGAGCAGCUUGGUAUGGGCACAACAUAUGUAUAUGUGUACAUGUUUACAUUGGAGUGUGACAUUAAGGGUGUGUUGUGA